AAAUCUGUUUAUUAACAGCAUUAAACGCGACAUUGCAGUACUUUAAAUACACGUACUGUACACCGACGUGGGUUCAGCAUAACGGUAACUAUAGCGGAGGGCCGAGGGUGUUAGCUAGGGCGGUUAGCUAGCCGAGUUAGCUAUGCUCGGCUAAGCUAUAUUAGCCGUGAAACGCUCAGAUAUCGCUGUUUACGUACGUUAAGACGUCAUCCGUGCAUCUGUUUAGGGCGGAGGACGGUGCUGCCUGCGAGCACGGAGCUGUUCUCUGCUGGGUUUUGUUUACACCAGGUUUAUGUGAGCUGACCACACCUGAAAGAUCCGUGCUGCAGACGACCCUUCUAUAGGAGUCCAGCUCCCUCCCGUACGGCGGCAGAAGACAAAAAGACGAGAGCAAGACUUGGCACCUCCUGAUCACCUCGGCUCCCUCCGUGUUGCUCCUCCCAGCGCUCAGGGGCCACUCAGGGCCAUGGAGCUGGGGCUUACCUGUGUGGAUUGCCUUGGACGGCAGCCUAAUCAUCUGGACCCCAGUCAGACAGCGGCCGGGCCAGAGCUGCGACAGCACAACAGAUGGGUCCUCAAAGGACCCACCGCAUCUGCACAGCUGAGGAUGGAGCGGGUGAAGGAGACGGGAACUAAUUUUUCUCAUCUUCUGAUUUCACGCAAAUGAGUGCAAGGGAUGCACUGGCAUCCACAUCUGGCAAGAGUUGAUGGUGAAGACGUGCAUCACAUGGUGUCCCCAGCUACAGACGUCCCUGAAAGGGUUAAAACCUCUGAUGGACGAAUGCUCCAAACUUGAGAUGAGAUUCGGCGAGAGCGGUUCUUUACAUCCUUGUCAGUCAGCCCCCGUAGACCUUCACUUACACAGAAGGUAAUAACAGUCACGUCUGAGCUGUGAUGACACUUGGACAAACUGCUCAUGUUUGAAUCUGAGCGGACACUUCACUGACUCACGUCUGCAUCCGUUGGAUAUUGUCCUUAAUGUAAUUGUUCCAGAGUCCAUAUCUGCAGCUGUGUCAUUUAUAGCACAUGAUAAUGACCAUCAUGACCUACUCAGCUAAACUAAUGACACGAAGUGGCUGGACGUCUGCUGCUGAAGCCCACAGCCAGGCAGCUGGACCCAGUCUGGACUUCAUGCUCUGACCUUUUUUUUAAUUGGUCUUCGCUAUGAUGAUGUUUUUAAAUUAAUUACUUGUAUCAGAGCUCCUGCGUCCUCACAUGGCACAGUGCUGCUGUGUUCUACACGCGUCGGGCGGCCGGAGCACUUGCUCCUGGCGCAGCUGUCAACCUGAUUGAUUACCUCUGCAAAUGUCUAAAGGUUGAGCCUCUCACCUUUUGACAUUUCUCUGCAGUUUCCUUUUGGUUAACUUCGACUCCAAACUUGACAAAAGGAUGACAAAAGCGUAAAAGUCCCAAACAGCGGAAGUGGCUUUAGAAAAAUAAAUGUCAGAGAGAGAGAGAGAGAGAGAGAGAGAGAGAGAGAGAGAGAGAGAGAGAACAAGGACGACAAGAAAACACUUUAACACUGAGGCUAAAAAGAAUGAAUGACAAUAAAACCCACUUUUCAUGUAGACAAAGACUCAGAUUUGGAGAUAAAUGAAUCCUCUGUGAGCGAAGCUGAUUCCCAGCCAUCGCUUGACGAGAGACGCGAGACACUGACGGCAGUGAAAUGCGUCCAGCCUGAGACGUGUUGGAUAACCUCAGGGCUUGUGUGUGUGUGUGUGUGUGUGUGUGUGUGUGUGUGUGUGUGUGUGUGUGUGUGUGUGUGUGUGUGUGUGUGUGAGAGAGACUCGGUGAGCGCCGGUGAUGCGCUGAUCUUUGCUCGCGCAGCCCACUCGCUGUGAACCCAGCGUUUUCACCAGCAAAUGUCACGCUCUGGUCAUGAAACAAUAACUUUCCGCGCUGCCUACAUGGAAUUUAGCAGGACGGGGUUGAGGCUGGCUUCAUGAGCUGCCUCGUGGCUAUGUUGGCCUGUAUACGAUUACCAUUAAGGCGUUUGCUUUAUGGGAGGUUUGACACCAGCGUCCACAUGCUAACGCUGGACUAAAAUAGCACUGCAACCUUGCACGGCUCCAACAGAGGCCAGAGUGUUGGUGUAAAGCUGGUAUUCUAGCAUUUGCAUCAGUAGUUGGUCUUUAUGCUGGAAGUCCCCAGGGAGUUCCCCUUCUAUACGGACGUAGCAAAGGGCUUUUCAGUUUAAUAAAAAGUAAAUCUGGCUUUAGAAGCGGACUUUGACCUCUGAUUAGAUGAAUAAAUGCUAAUGUAUGGCUGUAGCAGUUUUCCAGUAGCUAAAGCAUAGAGCAGCUAGGUUGAAGCUACUCAAGCUGUAAUAUUCACCAGGCAGGCUGCAUUUAGCAAGCAGAGGUCAGGGGUCAGGGGUGAAUCCUGGUCCUCCUGGUGCAGCAGGCCACUUUCUGAAAACCUUCUCUCCUCUUUUGACGGCUCAGAUCAGGUCCAUUUGCAAGAAGGCUUUUCUGUCCAGACACAGUACUUCAUUGUAUUGUUCGUCUUUCUGGCACAUUUCAUUACUGUACUUAGUAUUUGAGUUUCCCUUUGGUUCUCAGUGCUGUACAAGUGAAAUUACUGAUUGGAUUUCUCAAACACAAACUAUGCAUUAUAUCCACUAAAGUGUAAAGGAAAAGGCUUUUUCUUUCAAUAGGAGAUUAAAGGAAAUAUGCAUUUUUAAUUGUGAUUUCACAGUUUGAUUUAUUGAUGCGACCUCCUUUUGUCAGUUUGGGGCUUCAGAAUCACACGAGCGUGAAAAUAAAACGCAUCGUCUUGACAUGGAGUCUGUCAGCUGUGAGAAGCAGUCAGCUGAUCAGACCUUUACAGGUUUCAGUGCUGUGAGAGGAGGAAGCUUUUAAGGAUACUGUUGAUUUCAGUGUUUGGCACCCUGAUGCUUUGAGUUUUCAGAGGCUGAAGUAUGUAUCAGAAGAAAGGUGCUACAGUAGUUUAAAUCAGGACUCGGCCCUUUGCUGCGGCUGUAAUCAGUUCCGUCGACGCAUGUUGUGGGGCCGAGGCGGCUGCUUACGCUGGGGGUACAACUCGUGUUCCAUUUCAAUAAAGGCAUUUGCACAGACCUUUUCUGUUAGUACUCGGUGACCAACCGUCGAUCUAGUGAGAUUUAUGUGGCUGAUGGAGGAGGACACGGGAGGUGGAAGCUCUCCAAAAGAUGCUUGGAUGUGACAGCUUUUAAGUCUUGUUGUCAGAUGGAAUCUCUGGGGAAGAACAAAGCGUAAAGAGGGCUCCAAGGAAACACUGAAGCAAAAAAUGUCUUAUUAAUCGUUUUCCUUUGUUUGCUCAAUCAAUCAAAUUGUCUGAAACAAAAAAUGUUGAAUUCCUGAGAGCUGACCAAACAAUGAAAUGAGUAUAUUUUUCUCCUUCCUUUAACUACAGUAAGUAAUUCAACAGUAUAUACCUUUAUUAAAGCAAGGAGGAGCGAGGCUCUGCAGCCAAUCCGCUCCUGGCUGUUUAAUAUGUGCACAGAGAAGCAAUUUAGCCUGUAGAAAUUGGAAUCAGACAAAUGAUUGAGUUCGCACCAAAAUCCCUGUUAGCUGAAAGCCCUUGUCCUUAGUGCUAAUGCAUGAGGAGGAGGGACGCUCACGACGCUGCCGUUGGUGCCGGAGUCCUCCUGACUGUUCACACUGCACAUGUGAACUUCCUAUUAACUUCAAGACACUUAAUUUGAUUUAGACAAGCAAAUGGAAACACUGACUUCAGUACUUAAAACUGGAACAAAUCUCACUAUGAUAAUAAUCAACAAUAAUCAAGUCCGUCCUCAUCUUUUUUAUGGACUUUGCUCUGUUGACACAGAUGCUGCGGUUGUUUUCAGUGUCAGUCUGCUAAUAAGUAGAAAACCAGGGUUCACUGUGAGGAGGCAACCAGUAAUAAUUUUAAUACUUCAUGAGUUAUUGUUUUAUUAAUAACCACCAGAAGCCAUUCUCUGAAACCUGAGCCACUUUACUCUCACUUGAUGCUGCAGGUGCAUCCUGAUCUCAUCAGGUUAGAUGUCAGUGGAAUUAUUUAACCUCCAUCCUUGUAGUUAAUGGCCACAAGGGUUAAAUGCUACCUGAUCUGUGUGCAGGAGCUCUGCAGCUUUGUGCCCCAUUUAUGGAACGAACCGCUCACAUAUUAGCGAUAAUAGUGGAUGUUUUAUAAAGGCCUUUGCUCCUAAAGCUGUUUUCUGCUCAGCUCUGUGGUGCACGUCAGUUCCAAGCGGCGGCCGUACCUGAGCCCUUGUAAGCAUAUGGAACGAGGGAGGACAACAGCGUCUUCGUGCUCUGACCUUGCUUCACUACAACACGUUGUCUCCCUCCCCGCGCGUCGUUCACACGGUGGCGUGAACACGUUCACCCUUUAAAGGCCCAGAAACAAAGAUGUACUGUGCAUAAACAGAAGCAAUUAGCCAAGUUUGUACCGCUCGCCUCAUCCCAUCCCUCACAGCUGACAGGAAUCCAUGAGAUGCAAAGUUGAGCUAUGUCCAAAGGGUGUAUGAAGUCCUUUGUUUAGCUUUCCUUUAUCUGCUGUCUGCUUUAUCCACACCCGGUGCUGUGGGAGUGGUACCAACCAGGGGAUGACUGUAUGAUAAUCUCAUUAAUCAGGACUCAACCACGAGAAGAAGGCUAUUACAAUAAGAAGUUGUUUUUUAAUUAAAGCUGCCCUUAAGCUCCAGCACACAAACAGGCAGACAGCGCAGCUCACACUCAAAACGGACGGUGCUGUGAGCGGGUUUUAGUGUGCAGACAGACAUCACCCAUGUGCCCGUGCAUAAGCAAAGCAAUUAAAGCAGGAGAGCCGGGGCGGAGCGAGAGACGAGCGGCUGAUAAGCGUGUCCCCUCAAACCGAUGCGACGGUGUUUGUGUUGGAGGCGGCUCCGUCCCAUCUCCCUGCUCAUCAUCCCAUUCAAAUGAAUUGGAAAUCCCUAUGCCCCCUUCCACAAGCAUGUCGAUACCUCCUUACCUCCUCCUCAGCCUCCUUCCGUCUCUUCUCCCCAACCACCUGCUGCUGGUCUGCUGUUUCUACUGGAGCAGGAGUUUCAUGGUGCAGAGCUCCACCGAUCAAUCUGGAUUCAUAAACACAUCUGCACUUUUUCAUGAGCUGUGGCUGAGAUCUCAUUAAGUCCAACCAAAUGUAAUUGCAAUUACCAGCAGCGUUGGCUGGGGCCUGUGUAUGUUGGUGUGUGCGAUGACAUUUAGUGUAUCACGUCAGCAUGACACACACUGCAACUAAUUAACAAUAUGAUAAACAGGUUUUUAUUACUAUUAUUAUAAUGUGCAGAGAGUUUCUUACUCCUGACAUUUAUCUCUCGUUAUUACCAGCAAGGAGGAACCAGUGCUGGUCACACGUAUUCUGCAAUUUCAAGAAAGCAAUUACAGCAGUAUCUGCACAUUACAUCUGCUGAUGUCUCAUUUGUAUUUACACGUUCGGCCGAUGAGCAGAUGGGUGAUUGACAGCAUCUGUUUUUAAGUAGGACAGGGUAUAUUGUUGUAGGAUUACAUUAUGAUGCGUUCUGUGACAGGAGGCCUGUUCUGGGAGGUUAUUUAGCAACUUAAUUGAUGAGGUUUUGUCCUGUUGUGAUGAGUAGUCAAGUUGCAGUUUGGCAUUUUUCUCAGUAAUGUUUGGACCGAAGCUAAUGAGCAGCACACUCUUACCGCUGCCCAAGAGAUGAAGCCGUCAUAACUUAAAUAAUCACAAUCUUAUUUUUCCACGUCAUUUAAAGUUGUGCUGAACACUUUCUUGGGUGCACGGAGCUUCAGCAGCGGGCUGCGAGUGGCCUAAAAGCCCGAGACGCCAGAAGGGUGAGAAAACAUCAAGGCUCACAGGGUUCCUGUACUGGAGCCCAGUCCUGGAGGAUUAUUUGACAUGUUGCUCCUUCUGAGCCACUUCUGCUCCAGCUACAUGUACAAAGGUGAGCGUGUGCAGAUGAUCCAAUAUUUGCCGCCUGUGGAGCCUUGAUGGAGCAAACGGUUCCACCACACUGCACUGACAGCCGGAAGCGUCUGCAUGGAUUUUAUAUAUGAGCCACAAGCUAGAGUCAACUACAGUUAAAGCCAACAUUUCAGGUGCACAGCGCCUUUUCCUGCUUCCUUGGGCUGAAUGUCAUCGCCCAGAUCUGCAGCCGUUUAGCGCUCAGUGGCAUUGUCAGAUGGAACGAAGGGAAGAUCCUCUGCCGCGGCUUACAUUCCCGCUCCGGGCAGAUUGGGGCUUCAGCCCCAGACUUAACUUAGGGAUGUGGGCAGCUGAGCUCAUUCCACCGGGCGAUGGCUUUCAGAUACCAGGAUGAGAUUGUGGAAUAGGACCAGAGUAAUCCCAGGUCACCUUCACAGCGCAUCGGUCCAGACCGGCCGCCCCCGACUCGUCCUCCACAGCCUCCACACCUUUCUUGUCUUUCCUCAACUACUCUAUGUAUUUUUUUAUUUCACCUUCCUCAUUUAGUUGAUUUCACCGACAGGCUCAGUUCUCGUAUUUGUUUACUGCUGAACGUCAGCUCUGCUUUGGUGGCGUCGGCUCACCUGUCUGACCCAGUCGGCCUUGAGCAAACAGUACAGACUGGACAUGUGGGCUCCUUUAAUUCUCUUUCAUGCAUUAUUCCAACUGUUGUAUUGAAUAGACUGAGAAAGGCUGCUGAUUAACCAAGGGUGCAGUAAUGUGUUCAGUUCAGGAAAGCUGCAUGUCCUUUGAUCUGUCAUCUUUGAGCAUAGCAGACCACCCAGACCACCACGUGUCGUGAUAAGACGAGUCUUUGUGGCGUCUGCUAAUAAAACAUGCAGCACGUGCCAUGAAGUGCUACAUUGUUGCUAAUGAAUAGUGAAUUACCCCAAGGGUUUGACGGCCCGGACCCCACAUACACCACAUGUCCUGAACCAGAACCUGUUCUGUUCUCCUACACAAACAUCACUGUUUGUUGAAAGGCAGCAGAAUGAAAAAGCUUUAAAUAUUUCAUUCAUUUAUGUGUUUAUUUUUUAAUUUCUGCACUGCAUGUGUUUUUCUUUUUAAUUCAUUAUUGGGGAAAGACGGUUGUGGCUUCAGCAGAUUCUCAUUUUCUUUCUGCAAAGCAAGUUUAACACUUUAUUAAUUCAAACUCAUUGGCAAUUUCCUUUUAACUGUGGAUUUGUCAUGCAGUCUGAGUGUGGAGGUGGUGAAGAUCUGUGCUGCUCUGCCCUCUGCUGCCCGUCUUCGGUUUUUACCUUGUUGUGCUCUUUGUUGUGGCGACCGCCUCCAACGCUGCCUUUCCAUGAAUGCUUCACUUGCAGACUUGAUCCUUGAUUGAUGUCUGUGCAUCGGCAUCAAAAAUAGAUGUCGACAAGCGGGAGGACAAGAGCCGGUGAUUCAUUUCUCAUGUCUACAUGACCAUAAAUCCUACAUGAGGAUGCUUAUCGUGCAGAAAAGGUGCGGAGCCGGCGUUCAGCGACACGUCAGCCGGUGGUUAAAGCGUUAGACGCCUGCUUCUAAAGUGUCUUAACUGUGGCGUCCAUGAAAAAUGCAAGCAGGCAGACUUUGAAUGAUGUGAGCUUGUGAUACCGCAGACGGAGAUAAGGGAGGCCUCCUCCGGCCUCAGCAGGGGUCCGUCUGUUCCAUGCAGAUAGUGAGCAAAGGCAAAAACACAUUAAGGCUCCUUCACCUGUGAACAUGUCAUAGUCACUAGCACAUGCAGAUGUUCUAGUGAGGAGCAGACAAAGGAAGUGACUCAGUCCAGACACUAACUACACAACAACACUAAACAUGUUCUGUGUUGAAUUAUAGCGACAGAAAGUUGUCACUCUGUUGCCAUGGCGACCAACAGUGAUUGUGUUUCGGUGGUGAACUUGCUUAUCAGACUGUGGAGUAAUUAUGGAGAUUUGAUUAUCCAAAAGAUCACAUUUCCUUCAUUUCUACUGAUUGUGCUUUGUAUCGUUUGUCAGUUUAAUUAAUAGACAGCGCUGGAGCUAAAUUCUCCUGUUGUGAUGAUGGUCAUGUUUAAACGGUUUUAUGAGUUUGAUUCAACUGUGUGAUCACGUAAUAUAUGUCCUGCAUUGAGCCCAACCAAAGGAUGUUCAUGAGGCUCCGUCCACUGUGUCUUUGUGUCUCAUGGUCACGACAGCGCGACAUAAAAUGUUGCUUAGGUGAGAAAUAAAGAACAUUCAUACAAAGUGUAUGAAUGUUUGUUUGAGGAGAUAAAAAGUCGGCUCCUUUCUUGUCUGUCUUGAUCAAAGCUCCUGCGUCAAUCAGAACCAAUGUUGUGAUUAAUAGAACUACUUCUUUUCAGCUCAUUGUAUGUUGUGUAGGUCAUAGUGUUGUGUUUUAGGCCUCAGUGGUACCUGCAGUGUUACCCAGUUACCCGCUCUGAACUGUGACCAUCCGCUGUACGUUUGCUGCCAGUCAGUGUUGAAACAUCUGUUAACUCUGAGGCUCUGGGUGAACACGUCUGCAGCUCCAGUAUUUUCUGUUGCCUACAGCUCCCAGCUGGACUGAGUGGAUCCCUGGGCUCGAGGCGUCUCUGUGCAGCUUUGCUGCGAGGGGACAGGAAGUUCCCAAGUGAACCAGCAGGUGCUGCUGUCGGACCAGCGGCUGCAGCAGCGUGUCUGUUUAGGUUGUAAACCUAGACCUGAAUGGGCUGCAUGUAGUUGUCUUGUGCUUCAUUUGAAUCAGUCAUCAGUUUGCAUACACAGACACAGAGCCGAACCCGGUCACAUCGUGUUCUAACCUCCAUCUUCAAGCUCCGCUCUCCUGCCGACACUACGCUUCACGUUGCUCUUCUCUUUCUGGUCCGAAUCUCCAAGACCUGUGUUUUCUGCAGGAAAUUGCUCAGUCUCUUCAGAAACUCAUCACAGCCUCGCCACUUUGCCCUGAUGGUGGAUAGGUGGCAAAAAGUAUCAGACAUUAUUAUUUCACAUCAGGUUUCCAUGACAACCCGUCUUGAGGGGUUGAUGGAGGACUGGCAGCAGCGGAUGUGGCUGCUUCUUACCCCUUCUUAAACCCGGACUACAACCAAAGGUUUGUCGUGGGCAAAACUAAGAAUCAAUAUGAUUGAGCUCAAAGAUCUUAUCCAUUAUUCACUCUCUCCCUAAACCUGCACUGGAUCUUUCCUAUUUCUGCUUUUCAGCUGUGACAGAAUUCCAGUAAUUGCUUGUCACGCCCUGCUUCGCCUUCUCUCUGCACCGGCCACAUGCAGAGCCUGGGGGGAUCCCAGCGGUUGGAGGACGUGCUCAUCCUCCUAGUUAGUGGGUCCUGCUGCUGUUUGUCCACAGCACAUCUGUGUUGACACGCUGACCUUUGUACAAUCUAAGUAAUUCUGGAAGUAUCGUUAUUUUAAUGAAAGCUUAAAGCUUCCAGCUUUGAGCUGCUGAGCGAGCCCAGAGGCCAGUGGUGAAGUCGUCCAGCAGUUGUUUGCUUGUCUUUGACCUCGGUGAUGAAGUGUAGCUAAGGGUCAAAUGCAGAGCACCUCGGCAGCUCCGACAUGAAGGACAGUGCUCCAGGAAGAGCUGGGCUCUUACUGGGCGCAGAAUCUUCUCCUUCUCACUUCCAGCAUUGUACAACAGACAGCAUCAUGUCAGCAGGAACAAAGCAGGCGGAAUUAAACCUGUCCCCAAAUAUUUUGACUCCCCACUUCACACACCUCAUCGUGAAUGAAGAAGCUCUUCAGCGAUAUUGCUUUUGCUCCACACAGUUGGCAUUUAAGUGGAUGCACUUACCUUUGUGCCAGAGCUUAAAUGAAUGUCUAAUAAAAGAAAGUCUUGUCCUCCUAUUUCCAUUUAGAUGAAGGAUUUUACUGUGAGGCAGAACUUGUUACGUUGAAGUUCCUUAAAUGUAAAUCAAUGUUAAACCUUCUAACAGAGCAAAGUUCAGCUGUAUUUAUCGAAGUUCUGAACUUCUUAAUCUGAGUUUGAAAAGAGCACAUAGUUAGAUUGAUCAGGAUAAAGACCAACUUGGUUUACUCAGCGGCAGCGCUGAGGCAGUGCUGGGAGGUACAGUAUUAUACAGAAGAAUGAAAGAUGAGCAUGGGGUGCGGGUGGAUGAGCGCCGUGUCGCAGCGAGCUGCCUGUGUUUGUGUAUUCAUGCUGGCCUCCCAUUAGCUCCAGCUCUUGUGUAUCUCGCAGUAAUUUGCUGGAUGAGCGACGCGUGCCCUCCAUGGUAAUAGGUCCAUCCGGUCUCUGCGGUGCCGCUCGUUACCAAACAUUGCUACGUUUCGCCCGACCUCGUUUAGCGCAGCGCCAAAAAAUACAAUUAAAGGAGAACAUUGGAGAAAGAGUUGGACUCUGAUGGAUGAGGCUGAGUGGAAACGUCAUGACAGCUUCACCGGGUGGUGAUGCUGGAACAGCACGUCAUUAAUGCUAAUAAGAAUGACAGCAGUAAGAAUGUAGAUGAGAGCAAUAAACAGUCAUAUGUCUGUCAGCUGGAGACUAGUGUUGGCUUAAAGACGGCUCCACUGCACCGUUCACCGUGAAAUCACCUCGGAACAAAGUAGAUACAGUUUAAUAGUUUGGUUUCAUGCUAUUUAGCCUAUAAAUAAUGUACUGUACACACCUAAUAAGAAUGCUCCUGUUUUGGAGCAAACUGAGCAUGUUUUUAAUCUGAACAUUUGAGCCGUGGUGUCUUCAUCUGGUCCUGGUUCUGUUCUUUGCUUCCUCCCUCCAACAGUCUGUUGGUUGCUUUCAGCCUUGCACAAGGACUUUUAUCGGCCUUCAGCAUGAGAGGAAGCAGAUUUACAUAAAACCUUUUGUGUGCUUGAUGUAAGUGGGUUCUGUGCUCAUCAUAACCAUGUAGGAGCUUCUUCUGUUUCAUGCACUAUAUGUGCAGCACCGAACCACGUUUGAUCGGUUCCGCUGCGCUGCAUCACAGGGUCCACAUACACUGUGAUAUACAGUACAUACAGUAAAGAAGAAGAAGCUGCGAGGGAACAAAACGAGCUGUGAAGGACCAACGUUGACCUGAAUUGGCUCUGUUGUCAUGUGGCCCCAUGUUGCAGUUAUGUGACUGUUUGUGUCCAGCAGAUAGUUUAGGUACGAUGGCAGGAUGAAAGAAGUGGAGUGGGCAAAGGCUUGUAUUAAAGCUAAUUACAGAGCUGCAGCAGAGGGAGGCUGUCAUUUGCUGCUUUUAUCAAACAGCCUAUCAGCCCCAUUAACUUCUGUGUGGCUGCACAAUAAGCAGAAAUGUGCUUUGGCAAACGUGUGUAUGCAGAAAAUGGGCUGAACCCAAACAUGGAGCACAGGGAGUUAGACUCAGGUUGUAUCAUGAGCUUUAACUGAUGCUCUAGCUGCAGAAACGUCCUUGUUCUCAGAUUGAUCAUCUUUAUCUAAAGCUUUUUUUUAAGAGAGUAAAAUGCUUAUGUUACUGGGGAGACAGCGAAUGAAUGUCCGUGCAGGAGGCUGCGUCAUCUGGGCCCAAAUAAUGUGAAAUAGUCAUCUCCAGAGAAGCUGCCUGAAUGAGAUCUUCAAUAAUUACCUGGGCACUUUUCCCCUUCCUGUCCGUGGACCGCCGUGUACCUCUCAUGUACGUCGUCCGUCCACGGCUGAUUCCCAUUAAAACCUGAAAAGCAGUCAAUGGCAACCGCUUCCAACUAUUUAAAGACUAACUGCCUUUGAAUCAACAGUUGGUUUUGGUGCUGCAGAUGUUCAGUUAACUUUGCGACCCUCCCAUGAAGAUGAUUCUAGACUCUAACUGCAUUUAUAUUGAUGCUACGUUAAAUCGACCCUGAUUCACUAUCAUGUAAAACAUCCAGGUUUUAAUCUGUACUAUGAUUAUGCUGUGACCUUUAAAUGUGAUUUCUCAACACGCUCCUUUUUUUAAUUCCUAAAGCUGACGGCUCGCGUCUCUUUACAUUCUGCCCGGAGGUAAUGGAGCAUCAGCAUUCCACACGCGCUCCCUGCAGCUGCACGGGUCACAGUCCAGAACCACCGUGCGUAGAUUAGUCAGGGAGGCCAGACAACAGCCUGAUGAGCAGGUCUAAAACACAACCAGGAGGUUUGCUCCGUUUCUGAAUGGUUUUUCUAUUCCCGGUUACCUUGACAACGACUGUGACUCCGAGGUCCCACAUAAAAAUACAGACAGUGCGAUUUAACAAAGGCUCAUGUUUCGCCUCGUGGACACAUACAGCACUGGGUUAGAGCCAGUUCAACGCCCAGAGAGUUCAGUGUUGGAUGGUCGGGGUUUGAAUCAGCACAAGCUUCAACUUAUUAUGUAUGGUGUUAAUAAAAUCUAAGCGUGAGACAAGAACAUUCUAUGAAUUAUGGAGUGAAGAAUUUGUCCUCAGCACCAGAAUAAGAUUCUCUUAGAUUUCUGGUUUUGUUCUUGACGACAUUUCACCUUCAUUAUUACUAAGAUCUAACGAAAACCUCUGGACUGCAGCUCUAGCUGUGUGAUGUUGAGAUGUGUCCCUACUUCCUCCUUCAUGCGGUGAAUAAACACACAAUGAUGUCAGUGUUUCACCACUGUGGACACAGACAAAGCAACUUUCAUUACAGCGUAGAAAUAAAAAGAUGAGUUUUAUAAUAAACACCAAGGCCAUAGUUGUGAUUUACAACUUUAAUAUAAGCACAUACAUGGUUAGCCUUUGGACUUUCUACAGGUUAGAAGCUGCUGUAGCUUCAUUUCAUUAGUCAGGUGACGUAGGUGUGAAUGGGUGCCUCUGUGAUGGACUAACAGCCUCUCGUCCACUGACAGCAGCUCACUCGUAUGAGGACAAGCCGCUCGGGUGAUGAGGGACCGCUCAUUUGUCCAUAGGUGCAAACGUGAAUGUUUCUGCUGCCCUGUCCUUGUUGAACCAUUGGUUCUCACCCAGUGAUGGCUGAGAUCAGCUCCGGCACCUCCACGACCUGAAGGCCAUAGCUGCUGUCUCCUUAUCCAGGAAUGGGGAUGUAACACGAAGACAGCUACAGUUUAUAUUAGAAGACACUUUGAGACAUUUUUGAGUUCAGUUUGAAUUUCUUGAUUUGAUGUUGGAGAGAUGUUCCUUUUUGCUGUAUAUUGCUGCUGUGAGCGGAUUAGCCGUAUUGUCCUCUUUGUUAUUCAGGACUGUGUACAUAUACAGCUUUGAAUCAGCGGCAGGAAAUCAGAAUGCAUUGAAAAGAGCCAAACAAACGAACCGGUCACUUCGACCUUAAAGGCGUCCGCACGCAAAUGCUGAUGAGAACAUGCUGGGGGAUAAAACAAGCAGAGAGCAGCUCAACCUUUCAGACGCUGCAUGGACUGUUUGUGUGGAGGAAUGGCUCACAUUAGCCUUUGUGUUCGUCAUCCUUUGUGUUUGGGUGACUUCCUCUCGGGUGAAAACACCCUCCAGCACAGCGGACAAAGGUCUGCAACAACAAUUUGUUUUCUUGAGGUUUGAGGUCAUCGCUCGUUUCACAUCAUUUAGAUUCUUUUUAUUUCUCAAAUUUAAAACAUCAUAUAAUAAGCAAAUAAUCUCUGAAACCAACAUAAAUAAUAAGAGACAUGAAAAUAUCCACAAUUUAAUAUGUAUUUUAAAUCCUCCUCCUCACAGACAGGAGGAGCCCAUUACUGUGAACAAAUGGCUGAAUGAUUCACUCACUUAUCUCAUUUUGCACCAGUGAGUGAAGACGCAUGCGGCCACACGUCAGUGGACAUGCUUGGCUUCUACUUGUUUGCCUCCGUCUUCUCAGGCCACGCAUCAAACAUAAUGCUUUAUUUGUGGGAGCAGGAAUUUCACAGUCAUUGAGUUUUAAGUAAAAGGAUGAUGCACCAAAAAUUAGUAAUAAUAAUGAAAUAAACACUGAGCUGUUUUAAUACAUUAAAAUAAUUAUGUGUUCUUUCAUCACAAACAGACGACAGAAUCAUGAACAAGAAAUGAUUAAUAUGAAGGCACUUACUCCCAGACCGGCACAGCUCUGGCCUGUGGUGCUGCACUAGUACAGAUCCUGCCUGGAGUCGGCCUCACGCAGUCGGAAGCACUUACGUUAUGUUCCAGCUCUGAUUCUCCAGCGUCUCAUCCUGCAGCCUAAACAAACAAUGACACAGUCUGCUGCUAAAUCCCAUCAAUGAUCAGGUCCAGACAAAAUAAUUCAUGGAAGUCAGAUACCAGUAAAAUCAACGCUGGUAUUGACUUCCCUCAGUGUGGCUUCUGUGGUUGCCGUGGUUACGAGGCAGGUUGCUCCAUCAUCAGCUCACACUCUGUAGCCUCACAUUUCUUCUAAAGGUCUUUGAAGUGUUUGAAUCAAAACCAGUAGGAGCUAAUUUUGUAUCAUUACCAGCUGGUUCAUACAAGGUACACUCACAGUUUUCUAUUCCAGAAGGAGAAAGAAGCCAUACAUCCACGGGCAAAGAAAUAGAAAUGUUUUCCAGACCUGAUGAAGCUUUUUGAAUGGGAACAUGUCUCUGCCCAGACUGAGCUCGUGCACAGAAAACUCAGUGAACACAGUUAUGUUAUAUAGGCUGCAACACAAGUUCCAGAGGCUUGAAGUGUGUGUACCGGCGGGUGAAGAAGCUAUAUGACGCUAACAAACCUCAAGCCAGACGCGUCCACGUCCUCUGAAGCAGCCUCCGAACGGCCUCCAGUCCAGUGGAAGCCACCGUCGGCCUCUGGAUGCUGCUCGUGCGCAGUGAGGUUUAUCACGAACCGCAUGUUUACAAUGUGAACGCGGUUGUUUCUCAGGAGUAACUCCAAAUGGAUUUUUAUCCACUUACUCACUCUACACCUUUACCAUGGUAACAGUGUUAAAAGGAUUUUCAUCAAGUGCAGGAGCAGCCUUGACUGUGUUCAAGUGUCCACUGAUGCAUUAGUGGAUUCAUAGAUAAAAAUUAGGAAGAAGAUGUUUAUUUGUUAGCGGAGUGUCGUUUCUAUUAAAUGCAUGUGAUGGUACAUGCUCGUUCUCCGGGUGAGAGGAGCGUUACUUACAGUAUUGUUUUGGCGAUUAGAUCAGAUAAGCUGUUAUUGUCCACAGGGGAGUUCUGUAUUCACAGCAACAUCCCUCUGACCCGCGUCCAGACCCUGCACCCCACAAGCAGAGGCGAGCGCUCCUGCAGCCCGUCCGGGGUCCUGAGUGUGAACAACUGGUUGCUGUUGUUCAGACUGGUGAUGCCGAAAUAGUUUGUGUUAUCGGAAAAGGAGCAGUGGUGCUGCCAAUUAGGAAGAGAGAUGGUCCUACAGUACGUAAAUGUUUAGAACCUCCAUGAAACUCACCGUGUCCACCAGAGCCUCAUUAGGCUCCUUCUGCUCUGCACGCAAACAAAUGAGAAUGUUGUUAAUGGUGCAUUAGUUAGAAAAAAAAACAGUUUUUGACUCUGUUGUGUUCUACAGGGCCCGUGGUGGGUUAAAUAAGAUGCUAAACAAAUAAAGCACGGUGCUCAUCUUUUAUUCUGCGAGUCAAAACGGUCCCUCAGAACCUGCUCUCCGUCUCGAAGCUGCAUCUUGUUACUCUUUCAAAAGGUUCCGGUGAUGAUGCCUCGUGGGAGGCGGCUGUAAUCACUCCAAAGGUAAUUAAACCAAUAAGUUCUGAGACUCUGAAAGAAAACAUGUUCUGCGCUCCUCCGAGUUUGUGGGAGGUAAACAAAGCUGCCCACCGCUGCCACCGGGCCGUAGCACAGGACGAGUGUUCUAAUGGAGGCAGAGGCUGAAAAGCAGCAGACCCAGUAAAUGAGACGGCUAAAAAAACGUCUUCCAGCAGCUGCGGACCUGUAACAUGAGCAGAAAGGCUUUUAGAGCUAACCUCGGCUUCUCUGUCCUCCAUGAGCUCAGGUUGACAUGUAAACUAGGGACCGGGUCGGGUUUGGGUCGGGGUUCAGAGGUUGUUUCACGUCCCAAUCGUCACACAUGCUGUGAGACACGUUUCCACCAGUGUGACGCUGUCCUGUUUUAAGCUUCUCUCCAUUCAGUGUGUCGGCUGCUGAACAUGUUUAAGGCUCAAACACCGAAAACAUUCGGACGGAUUCCAGGCAGCUCCACAGCCAGAAACCAAGCGAUGCUGCACCUCGGGCUGGCGCCACACUGAGCGGCAGGGUGGAUUCUGGUCGGGCUGGGUUGGCUCCGUGUCAGGAUGUCAGGAUGUGUGAGGGAACGGCUGCGGGCAGAGACGUGAUGUACAGCUGAACUGAUGCAGCGCGUUGGUGUGUCUUCCACGCGGCUUCAUGCCCGACGCGCCGUCGCCCUCGUUAACCUUUGCGCGAUUAGUCUCCCACACUGUUUCCUGCUCCUGUUGUGGGUGUAGGUGUGUGUGUGCAAUGAUGAGCGAGGUCUAACGCGCGGCUCAGCUCCUCAGGCUGCUUCUCAUGUUGUUCAGCUGCGCUUCCCUCCCCAGGUCUGAGGAUGAAGAAAGUUCUAAGUCCUAGUUUGAACUUUUUAAUUUGGACUCACCUAAUCUCCAGGCGUCUGCUAUCGCGGCCCCGCCUCCGAGCGGCCCGGCUGCACCCGCUCCCGCACGGAGGCUGCACCUCCCACUUUAUCUCCCAGCUCAGGUGCAGCUCUGUGCUCUGACGCUCAGCGUUUGCUCCGUGGGCUGGUUACGGCGCCGGCAGAGCUUGGCCUGUGCUGGGCACCAGCGCCGCCUUUGUCUUGGGCACGCUUUCAUGAAGCGGCUUCAUUAAGACGAUGGUGAUAGUGGGCGCUGCCUCCUCUCCAGCCUUGGAGCAGCUCCGCGUUCGGUGAAUGAUGAACUCUCCAUCGCUGGACACAAGCAGGUGACUGAAGCUCUUACUCAGCCCCAGGCUGCUCACUACACGUGGGACGUGAAGCUCAUGUCCUGGUGUCUGCAUGUCGUCAUCCAGUGGCCUGAGGCCCAGAGAGAAGCAAUUAAAGCUUCAAUACAAACACAAAUGUUUUUCAUUUCAUGUAAAAUGAUUCAAAGUUUGUUUGUCUGGAUGUCUGCGCUUUUGUUAAUAUGUUCUGCACGGAGACGCCUGCCGGCCCACAUGACGACAUCAUCCAGCUCGGCUCUGAUUGGUCCGUUCUGACGGGAGAUGGACUUUUAAUCAUUCAGAUCACAGCCGCCUGAGUAAUGGAUGUGUUUGUGUCCUUACGCCGCUUGCCAGUGAAUGACGGACGUCUCAGGUAAAUGACUUGUUAUGACUGGACAGAGCAGAACGUUUGGCUCCAAUUUGUCAUUUCUAGAAGAAUCCACGACGACGAAGAUCAUGAACGGCUGCGGAAGUCAAUCCUUUUUAUUAAAAACACCAUGUAGACAAAGAAACAAAGAAAAAGAGUGCAUGGCUCAUCCACUCGACAACACAUCACUGCAUGAAUCGAGGGAUGAAUCCAUUCAUUUCCAAACCUGCUCAUUCAUUGUCUGACUGGCUCCUCCUCCCAGCCGACAGGCAGCCGAUAGGACGGAGCGCGGCUGGGUCUGUGUGCGUGCGUUUGCCUGCUAUAUAAGAACCCAGGGAGGCGGCGAAGUGAUGAUCUGGCUGAAGUCGCUGCCGCUGCUGCUGCUGCUGCUGCUGCUGCUGCUCGGACUCUCGUGGUCUCAGUCUCUGUUGAUCAGCCGCAAGUGCAGUCUCUUCGCGUCUCUUCUGUCCUCUUGCCCCUCUUCCUCCUCGCUUUUCGCUGUUUUAACUUACUACGCACACUGUCUCUCCAGACGGACAGAGAUGAGAGAAGAGUGUUUAACUAACAGCAGCAGCAGCAGCUCUCUGAGGGAAGCUGCGUUUCUGGUGCCCGGACAAAGAGAGAAAAUCCUUUUCCACUCGUCUUCAAGGCCCCUGAGGUUGUUCCAGUCGCGGUUGGCUGGAAGUCAAAGCCCCUGAAGUGGACACAUGACCCAGGAAGAGAGGAAGGAGACACAAUGAACGCCACAGACCACCUUGGAUUAAACCAGGGCUACCUGAACAGGAGCCAGACCUCCACGGCUCUGCCCAAGGACCUGUCGGCCGAGCAGAAGGACGCCUCUGCCGGCUGCUACGGCCAGCUGCCCAUCUCCACCGAGGUCUUCCUCUCGCUGGGCAUCGUCAGCCUGCUGGAGAACAUCCUGGUUGUCGCUGCUAUAGUCAAGAACAAGAACCUCCACUCGCCCAUGUACUUUUUCAUUUGCAGCCUGGCUGUUGCCGACAUGCUGGUGAGCGUCUCCAACGCCUCCGAGACCAUUGUGAUAGAGCUCAUCAACGGCGGCAACCUGACCAUCCCGGCCUCGCUCAUCAAGAGCAUGGACAAUGUGUUCGACUCCAUGAUCUGCAGCUCCCUGCUGGCUUCCAUCUGCAGCCUGCUGGCCAUCGCCGUGGACCGCUACAUCACCAUCUUCUACGCGCUGCGCUACCACAACAUCGUGACCCUGCGACGGGCCACGCUGGUCAUCAGCACCAUCUGGACGUGGUGCACGGUGUCCGGCAUCCUCUUCAUCAUCUACUCAGAGAGCACCACCGUGCUCAUUUGCCUCAUCACCAUGUUCUUCACCAUGCUGGUGCUCAUGGCGUCGCUGUACGUGCACAUGUUCCUGCUGGCGCGCCUGCACAUGAAGCGCAUCGCGGCGUUGCCGGGCAACGCGCCCAUCCACCAGCGGGCCAACAUGAAGGGCGCCAUCACGCUCACCAUCCUGCUGGGCGUGUUCGUGGUGUGCUGGGCGCCCUUCUUCCUCCACCUCAUCCUCAUGAUCACCUGCCCCCGCAACCCCUACUGCACCUGCUUCAUGUCCCACUUCAACAUGUACCUCAUCCUCAUCAUGUGCAACUCCAUCAUUGACCCCAUCAUCUACGCCUUCCGCAGCCAGGAGAUGCGUAAAACCUUCAAGGAGUUUUUCUGCUGCUCGCAGCCUCUGCUGUGUGUGUGAGCUGUGCUGAUUCAUGUCAGCGGAGCCUCAAUCUGCAAUUGAAAUGGAACGUGGGAGGUCGAGCCCCUGUGGACCGUGUGCUUGUGUUGUCUGUAAAAGUAUUAAUGAUCAGGGGCUGGCCUCAGGUUUGUGCAGAGCUAGGUUUGCAGUCACUGUGUGAGGCAGAGCAUCACUGAAGGAAAUGUGACCAGAAUGUAGAGAACUCAACAAAUUCCCUGAUUUUCCUUUUGCCUCUUUUGCUCUUCAGUGUCACAGUGAAUCAGAAUCACGUGUAUAGUAUUUAUUUAGCAGAUGCACAAGCGUUUGACAGACUACCUCCAUGUUCGUCCUCACGGCAGACGCUUUGAUUUAACACAAUGAAUGUAAACAAAUGUGCAACAUUUAGUGCUAAUGAACCACAAUGAUGGGGUGGAAGCAGACCACUCACUCAUUUAAUGCAGGCGAUGAUCUCUCUGUGCAGAAAGCAGAACUCAUUCUAGGCGUGUGAUUCAUUCUGGCUCUUCUAAACACUAAGAUCAAAGCAGAUUUCUUAUCGAGAUCGGGGUGAGAGCACCAAGUGGAAUUGCCACAUAUUGCUUCUGCCCAGCUGCCGUCUCCGUCGCUCACACUCUGCAUAUCAACGACGACCUGCUUGACUCUCACGGGACUCAUCCUGGGCUGGAAACCUACAACAUAACCUACAGUAUUAAGAGCAUAUGACUUUUAGAGACACAGGGAAAAUAAUCAGGUGUUUUAAAGCCUGUUUCAGUGAACGUGAGUGUUUCUCAGGCAGAAAAUGGGUCAAGAAGCAUCUGGUUCAUGUUGUGUUUCUGUGUGGCUUUAAACAUUUCUUCUAAUGUGUAUUUGUAUUCUUUGCCUCCAUGAUGGCACCUACAGUAUGUAGGGUUUGCAGACUCUCAAUGUGUUUCUUCAAGAAGCUUUGUGACAAAAAAGAGAAGUGAUUCCACAGUUCCUUGUGUGAACGUGUAGUUUAGUGUGAGCUAAUAGCACAGCCAGGUUCUGCUCGGCCCCACGAAACCGCUGGGGGGAUCCAGUCGGAGCCGUGUCUUUGGCUUUUACAGUCAGCUACUGUGAAUUUGUGCUUCUUGAUGUAAAACUUCACGUGCACGUCUCUGCACAUGACAUUUACUGUAAAUUUAUUUUUCAUGUUGAUGUAAUGGGAGAAAACAGACAGCAUCUAUUUUUCUGUGUUUGUACCUUAUUGCUUUCUAUCUGGGCCUUAACUAUGUUGCACUGUGAUGUAAGAAGCAGCCGUAUCCUCUGUGACACUUUUCCCGUUUAGGUAAAUAUUGCCUUAUUUAUUCUGCCUUUACACUGUGGGUUCGAUGUUAGAAGCUUCACCGUGAGCCGAUGUGAGCGUUGGCUUGACGACUGCGUCGUCUGUGAAUCACUGCUGCAGAGAAACGUAAAUAAACCUUGUGUCACGUGAGCUCAGCUCUGAUUCUGAGCUCUGUGACCUUAAUGCAAA